AUGGCGCAUUUUGUGUUGCUGAGGACGCCUUCGUGAAGGAAUUUGAUCAGACCAAGGAUUUGUAACUAAACGUCCUUGAUCAGACUACUACAGAUAUAGGAGUUGAACUCUGAGAUGUGAAUAGAUUUUUUGUGCAUGCGACAAGUAUAUAUAAAUAUCACAAUGCAGAGAACUGGAAUGGCUCGUUUGAAGUAUGCGUGUGACAUGGACAAGUCUGUCUUGUUGAAUAACUUUGAAGCAAGAGGAUGGGUCCCUGUCAGUCCAGAUGAUGACUGGAAUUUUUACUGGGCUAAUGUACAGAGUAUUAGGAAUGUCUUCAGUAUAGAUAGUGGCUACAGAUUAACAGAUGAUCAAGUUAUAAAUCAUUUUCCGAAUCAUGUUGAGUUAACAAGAAAAGAUUUAAUGGUUAAAAAUAUUAAAAGAUACAGAAAAGAUUUAGAAAAAGAAGGAAGCCCAUUGGCAGAGAAGGAUGAAAAUGGCAGAUUUAUUCAUCUUGAUUUUAUACCUCUGACCUUCAUGUUACCAGCAGAUUACAACUUAUUUGUAGAAGAGUUCAGAAAGAAUCCCAACACAACAUGGAUCAUGAAGCCAUGUGGGAAAGCAAGAGGAAUAGGCAUUUUCUUGGUAAACAAGCUGUCUCAACUGAAGAAAUGGUCUCGAGAUAGUAAAACAAACAACUUUACACCUCCAACUUCUAAAGACACCUAUGUUAUAUCGAAGUAUAUAGACAAUCCAUUACUUAUUGGUGGCAAGAAGUUUGAUCUCAGAUUGUAUGUGUUGGUCACUUCAUUUAGACCAUUGAAAUGUUACAUGUAUAGACUUGGUUUUGCCAGAUUUUGCACUGUGAAGUACAAUGCUAGCGUAAAUGAAUUGGAUAACAUGUUUGUCCAUCUGACCAAUGUCUCUAUACAGAAACAAGGGGAAGAUUAUAAUGCUGUCCAUGGAGGAAAGUGGACAGUUCAAAACCUACGUUUGUUUUUAGAAGGGACUCGUGGGAAAGAGGUUACUGAUAGGUUAUUUGAUGAAAUAAAUUGGCAAACAGUUCACUCUUUGAAAGCUGUAUCGGGCAAUAUAUCCAAUGACAGACAUUGCUUUGAAUGUUAUGGAUAUGAUUACAUUGUAGAUGACAAUCUAAAGCCUUGGUUGAUAGAGGUAAACGCUUCACCCUCUUUGACUAGUACGACAUCUAGUGAUAGAAUUAUGAAGUACAGAUUAAUGAAUGAUUUGAUAAAUAUUGUGAUACCUCCUGGACAGAUGCCAGAUGUCCGAUGGAACAAAAUACCACAGAAAGAACAUCUAGGAUAUUUUGAUUUGUUAUAUGAUGAAGAGCUGGCACAACAAGAUGCACUUAAUAUGGACAAAAAAUUAGGUCCUGGUGGUUUGGGGAGAGGAAGAAAGGAUGGCUCACGACCCUCACCUGCAACAUGGAAGUAAAGAGGAACAAAACAAAAGAUGGAUUCCUUCUCACUAGCUACACAAAAAGGAUUGAACAGCAUGAAAGAGUGAUCAUGUCAUCAGACGGAACAUUGCCACAAAAUCAUGACUACCUAGAUCAAUAGCUACCUUUUGGUAGUAAUACACUACAGUCCAGGUGAAAUUUGUCAUUUUCACCUGCCCACCAUGGGCAACUCAAUCGCACCUACUCAAAAUUAAAUUUUGUCAAAAUGUGGAAAAUCAAAAAGGUUCAUCAUAUUUCAUGUCUAAGUCUCAUAAUGAAAUAAAAGAAUUGGCAUGUCCAAUCCAUAUGGUUGGCAUAGGGACUGAUCCUCUAGUUUUUCCCAUUCUGUGUCAACUACCACCGUGGAUGGGUAGAAAUGAUAAAUCCACCUUAACUGUAGUGUACAUGUAUUAUGGCUAGCAUGAUGAACUAAGACGUGAAAAAUAAUAAUAUUUAUGUGAAAUAUGUGUGUAAAUAUGUCAGAUUUAACCUGUCAAGCCUUUAUUUAAUGUAUGAAAGGAAAGUCUUCCUGUCCACUGUAAAUUCAGAAAUUAUUGCGUGCAUUUAUUAUUGCGAUUUUUGAAGAAUGAACAAAAGUGGGAGAUUAAUUUUUGCGAUUUCAGGAAAAGCUGCAUACAGAUAUAGGCCCCAGACCACAAUUAAUGAUCCCGCUUUUUGUUGUCUACGAAUAUAGUUCCCUUUAAUUAAAGUGUAUUUUUUCUUUAUUUUUUUCUUUCCCUUUCUCAUACAUUUCUUAGUUUCUAUUGGAUGGAAAUGAAAGAAGAGAGCUGAAAUAAAUUUUUGGAUGUUUUAUUUUAACUGAUUUUGAUAUGGAAAGAGUGAUAAGGCCAGGUGCAAAAAGGUAAUAUUUACAGUUUUUCGGAACAUCUCUUGACUUGUCUAUAGGGUUAUGGAUUUGUAUUGGCUAAAUUUUUAAGAUGUAAACAUGCAAUUCUUUUGAAAGUUGGAUAUAUUUUUGGACUUGUACUGUACAUCACACACACAAAAUAUUUGACAAAAAAAAGCAGGUGAAUUUUUUUAAUGAGACAAAAUGUUAUAAAGAACUAAUAGAGGAACUAAUUGUGGUCUGUGGCCAUAUGUAUUGGAUAUCAGAAUGCGGGUUCUUAUUAUUGCGAUACUCACCCAGUCGCAUUAUUAGCAAUAAUAAAAACCUCGCAAUAUUUUCUGAAUUUACACCAUCUUUUUUUUCAGGCAAUUUCUUCAGUUUGCACAUACACAAUGCAACCAGCAGUACAUUAGUGAUAUAUGGUUUUCAGUGUAUGUGUUUUUAUUGAAUAUUCUGUUUGGUUUAGACAUCUUUUACAAGGAUAGUGAGACUGGACAAUGUAAUUUAAUUGGACAGUUGAAUUUCUGAACUGUGUAACAUUAUUACAAAAACAAAACCUAUUUAUCUUUUUGAUGAGUCUUAAGCUGAUUUUUAAUUGUGCUAUUUUGAAAAAAAAUUGUUCUUUCCGUGACGCAACCCAUGUUUACUGAUGCUCAGUGUUACACUGGCAUGAAAACUCACAUUUGAAGGUCAUUUGCUAUAUUUUUUUCUAAUAUAUAUGUUUGUAUAUUUUGCCGGGAAAGGUUACAUUUUAGACAUUAUUUUUUCUUCUCUUUUUUUUUUGUUGUUAUAAAACUUUCAACUGUAUAUUGCUAUUUAAAAUCAACAUGAAACUGAAAAGGAUGUUAAAUAUUAAUAGAGAGAAUAGUCCUAUAAAAAUGUUGACAUAUCUAACAUGUUGAAAUUUUUCGUUAUUGUUUUCAAAGAUGUGUAUGCACCAGACUUGUGACCUACUGUUAGACUAUGUAGUUUGUAUGUUUGUAAUUUAAAAGAAUUUAAGGCCAUAAUAAAAUAUUGAUAUAUUUUUAUGGUUCUCUACCAAAGAAACACUAAACAAUAUUAAGCUAAAAGACAAAAAAUAACAACCCAAUAUUUUGACCUCACAGGGCCUUGUGUAUAGACAUAGUGAACUUAGAUAGAAGUAAAAUCGCCCAAAUGAAAUGAUCUAACAACUUCUAGUUCUAUUUCUAAUAUGGCCUGAGUGUUUCGUAUAUGCCAAAUGUGAGUUGAUAUGUGUAUACUUGCAAUUUGUGAUAGUUGUUUUGAUUAUGAUGAGGUCAUUGUAAUCUAAUUCUUUUAUGCUCAAUAUCACUUUUGUCAAGUGUCUUGACAAAAACUCAACACAUUUCUUUUUGUAUAUUUUAAACAUGACAAAAUAAAUAAAUACACAA